CAGGAAGGGACCUGCUGGUAAUAAAGAUGCUGAAGGUAAAAGUGAGUAGGUGUGUCAUAGCAGAAGGUUAUCACACAUCACCUCAUCUAUUACCUACUAUAAAAGCAUCAGCCGCAGCUCUGUGUCCUGGCAGUGUAUGCAGGUUUGAGGAUUUGCUGUGUCAUUCUGCUGAAGAUAAAGAUGUGGAGGGGCACAUUUGUGCUUGUGGCAUUGCUUUACCCAGCUGCUUUUAUCCAUGUAAAUGGAGAGAAUAGCCACAUUCGACAUAGACGGAGCUGGAUUAUGCCAGGAACACUGUGGUGUGGAGCUGGGAGCACUGCAGAGAACUUCACCAACCUAGGAUUGUUCCGUGGAGUGGAUUUGUGCUGCAGAGAACAUGACCAUUGCUUUUCACAAAUCCAAGCUUUUGAAUAUCAGUACGGUAUCCGAAAUUACAAACUGCACACUAUAUCACACUGUGACUGUGAUCAGAGCUUCAGACAGUGCCUAUAUGCUGCCAAUGACACAAUGUCCACCCUGGUGGGCAUCAUGUUUUUCAACAUCUUGGAGAUGCCCUGCUUCACCCUGAGGGAGGAGGAACAGUGUGUGGAAUGGCACUGGUGGGGAGGCUGUAAAAGAAAUGGCUCAUCACCAAAAGCUGAACUUCAGAAGCCGACAUUGUUCAACAACAGUAACACUGAAGACAAGCAAACUCCUCCACAUCCACAUGGUUCUCCUCCACAUAAAGGCAAACCUUCUUCACUCUCCUUAUCAUCUAUGAACUCUGUUAAAAGUAAGAGUAGACUGCUAAAAAAGCUAGAGAGGGUGCAAACAAACGCAUUUGUAAAAGGCAGUGGAGGAAUCACAGCGGACAGAAGAGGUUCAGAGGAAGCUGAAAAGAAAAGGUCACACAAUUUCCGAAGGAGAAGGCAAUGGACCCAAGAGAGGAACAGAAGGAAAGCUAAGGCACGAAACAGCACUGUCUCAAAUUCACAGAUACCAUUAUUGAGAGCAGAUUGA